CUACUAUAUAUUCCAUACGAAGAAAACUCUCUCAAGAUGAUUUUAUACUUACAACACACCAAAGUGCAUCGAACACAUACAACUCACACCGAGCAAAUCAGGAUCAAGAAAAGAGAGAGAAGAAGAAAAAAGGUUACACGAAACAAACCUACCAAUAAUUUCCUAAAAGUAUGUCUCCUCCCAACCCUGGCCACGCCGGACCAACCCCCCAUGCAGAACCAGACUCAGACUCAGGUGCAGAAACAUGCUCAAGCUCCGACUACGACUAUGUGCGGCCAAACAAUGGCUACGGCUUCGCGUACGACUCUGAAGUGGAAGCUUGGCACGCGGGGCGGCGCGGCGAGCGCGAGAACACUGGUGGCAGUACGAUCCAGCUGAGUGAGGCAGAAGAAGGCGAUGUAUCUGGGGAUACAUGUAGCGGGUUUGAAGGCGACUCGUCCAACGUAUCAGAAGAGUCGAGCAUCGGGGAAGACGGUAGGAACAUGGAAGAAGACGUAGAGCAGGGUGGUCAUCAGCGGCAAGAAGAAGAAGAAGGGCGAUGGGACGAACAAUACGACGCAGAUCUAGAAGAAGGACCGCUGCUUGGUCCUCCGCCGGCGGAUCGUAGUAGCAUUAACUAUCUUACCCCCACGCCGCGUAGUGGCAUUGUGUAUACUACGUCGAUUACGGCUACGCUGUCUGGACCGAGCGGCGUGCUUGCAUCGUUUACGCACCGAGCGGAGCACCAUGGGCAAGGGGGGUGGCACGGGCAGGCAGGGCGGGCGGCGGGGGUGAAUCAUGAGUUUCGGGGGAGGAAUAGGGAUGAGAGGUUUGAGGGGAGGGGGGAUACUGGGGAGGAUGUGUAUGCGGGUGCUCAGGAAGAUGGGGAUGAGAAUAUGGAGGAGGAGGAAGAGGCGAUUGGAGGGCAUGCGCAUCACGUGCCUCAUGUGCAUCGUGGAAUCUACGGGCAUCGUCGGGGUGGGAAUACGUAUGGGAGGGACAAUUCGGAUGAUGAUGCGAGUGCAGAGCAGGACGAUGCAGAUGAUGAGAUGAGCCCGGAACCCGAUAGGAGUGGUGUUGCCGUCGAGCGAAGCAUGCGUAACGCGUUCCUGUAUGGCGAUCCGGUGGUUAGUAAAAUGGUUGCGGACGUCUUCAUGCAGCGGUAUACGCAGGCCCUGUCUGCGGCUGUUGUGGAUCAGCCGCCGAAUACAGAGUGUCCCAUUUGUCUGGAGCCGCCGUCAGAGACGCACGAGUGCGUGCAGAUUUCGGGUGUACCGGGAUGUAUGCAUCUUAUUGGGCGGGCGUGUCUGAGGCAGUGGUUUGUGAAUCGGCCGGAUGGCAAUAAGGAUUGUCCGUUUUGCCGGACGCAGUGGUUGUCGCAGCAGGAGGUUUGGGACAUCGAAGACGAGCUGAUUGAUGGGCUGGUGGUGCCGGGGCCAUGGCGCGAAUAG